AUGAAUCUCACAGCAACCUUCAGAGGUGCCCUCCUCCUCACUGCAACCUGGCUUGCAAGUUAUAGUGCAGGCAUACAUCCUCAUCCAGGUGUUCAUGCUCAAGUUACCGGUUUGACGGCCGGCACAAAAGCAGAAACAUUAUGCAAACAAUUAGGCCAAACUUUCCAAGCUCCUGCAGGAUUGACGAUCAACAACACCUUUUCUCAAUACUUCCCUGAAGGCAGCACAUUAUCAUUAGAAGAUUUAACCAAAUUAUACCCUAAUGGCACAAUUCCGGACAAUGUUCCUAUAGAUAAGGUAUUGGACGGUGUAGGACCUGACUUGAACAUAAAGGCACAAGCUGGCUACGGCAGGCUUGCCAGUCGUAUCUCCUUUAAUGGUCCAGUUGGAGGACUACCAGCUUUUUGUCGAUUUGGACUUCAAAUCGCUACCAGCCCUGUCACAUCUGUUUUGACUGAAGUUUGGCUUCCUCUUGCCGGUACUGGUGACCCUGGCACUCCGACCACUGGCAAACCAAACAAGAAGCGUGACAAUACGUCGAAAAUUCAAUCUCUACAAGGAGAUCAAAUUCUUGGAUCGAAUAAAGGAUGGAACGGAAGAAUUGCUGUAAUGGGUCACGGUGGUCAAUUGGGUUACGUACCAUUGGUCAGUAUGAAGCAAUAUAUGGGUCGUUAUAUGUUUGCUGUUGCUGGUACAAAUCUUGGUCACUUUUCCGUUCAAAAUGGAGUGAGUUCUUGGGUCAACGGAACGCAAUUCAAUGAAACGUUAACAGAUUUCGCAUCAAGAGCAAAUCAUGUUACCCUUUUGGUUGCUGAAAAAGCUGUUAACCAAUUCUAUGGAAUCAGUCAAGGCAAACGUAAUCCAAAGGAGAACAACCGUGUGUACCGUUAUUAUCUUGGAAGCAGUGUUGGUGGCGCGCGAGGCCUAAGCGCUGCCCAAGUGUAUCCUGAUGACUUUGAUGGUAUCAUGGCAGGUUGUCCUGCGAUCAACUUUAUGCAAAUGAAUACAGCGCAGCUGGCGACAUCUUCUGUCCAUAACAAGACCACACCGAUUGGCAAGACGGGAUUCUUCACCAGAGGCGCACUUGUAGGACCAAUCAAAGAUGUUGUCUUGCAACAAUGUGACGGUUUGGAUGGCGUAGUAGAUGGUGUGAUCUCUGACCCAUCAAAAUGCAAGCCUCAAUUGGAGAAAGAGUUAUUGUGUGGAACAAACACAAAAUAUGGAAAGACAAAUGCAACUUGUUUGACCCAAGACCAAAUCAAAGCAAGUCAAAUGGGUUACGGAAGACUUAACAAUAGUGCUUCCAUGAACGGCCCAGAUGGAGGUCUUCCCGCUUUCUGUAGAUUUGGAGCAAAGAUUCAAACAAGUCCAAUGACUUCUAUCGUGAGUGAAGUUUGGCUUCCGCUUGAAUCUAAUCCAAGCAUCCCACUCGCUCCGCCUCCUAAAGAUUUCCCGACCGGCACAUCACCCUUCACCAUCAGCGAAAACGGCACAUUUAAUGCAGUCACCUCGCAGUGCGAUGCGCUGGAUGGUGUAGUUGACGGUAUUAUUUCUGCACCGCAACAGUGUAAGCCUCAAUUGAAUGCUCUGCUCUGUGGCACGAGUACGACAUAUGGUAAAAGUCCUUCAACUUGUUUGACACCACUUCAAAUUUCCACUGCAUAUCAAUUAUACAAUUCUACAAUUAUUGAUGGGCAAGAAGUUUAUCCCGCUUAUUGGCCUGGCUUGGCAGAUUCGGCAAGCCAAUUGAAAGGAACGAAUGGUAAAGCAAGUGGUUGGUAUCAAUUGGUAACCCUGCAAGAACCCCACCUUUCAAGUUCAUUCGAUCCGUACAGAGAUAUAACUUACGCUGCUCUACAAAAAGGCAAUGCAGUAAAUCCUGGAGGUGUGAAUGCUGUUCAAACGGAUUUGAGUGAAUUUGUCAAGAAUAAUGGCAAGAUGAUCUUAUACCAUGGAACGUACGAUCUCGUCAUCAGUCCACAAUCUACGGUAAAUUAUUUCAAUGAUGCGCGCAAUGCUACAGCUUCUGCCAUGCAAGUUCAACCUACGGAAAUUGAUAAUUCGUUGAAAUUCUAUAUCAUCUAUGGAAUGAGACACACAAGGCAAGGGCCGGGCGCAAUAAAUUUUGGUGGAGCAGCACAAAAUGAUCCUGGAAGUCGUCCAUACAAGUUUGAAACGGCAUACGAUAUCUCAUUGGCAAUUAUUGCUUGGGCGGAGAAAUCGAUUGAGCCUAAUGCGCAAGUUGCUGCUGCGUAUCAAAACAGGCAAGGUGUUUUGCCUUCUUCAAAUGGAGAUGAGAUGGAAGAUAAUGCUCAAGUACCCACCACUCAACAAGUAUACGCAGGAGGAUUGAUCAAUACAAGAUUGCUCUGUCCUUAUCCAUUGAAUGCUCAAUAUCAGAACGGACAAAACGCUACCGGUGAAAAUGGUUACCAAGCGUUCCAAUGUUCAUAA